AUGUCGUUUAGGAGUAUGAUUAUGGAUAGGAAGGGAUUUGAGAUGAAAUUUGGGUAUAGUAUGAGAUCAAAAUCACAGUCACACUGUGAUGUUAAUGUUACCGAUAGUUCUUUGGUGGUUGAUGGAUUGAGGCAGAGUUGUUGGGCUAACAUGCCUCCUGAGCUUUUGAGGGAUGUGCUAAUGAGAAUCGAAACCUCGGAUGAUGCUUGGCCUGCCCGGAAAAAUGUUGUUGCAUGUGCCGGUGUUUGUCGGAGUUGGAGAGAACUCAUGAGGGAAAUUGUUAAACCUCCUCAAACAUCCAGCAAGUUGACAUUUCCUAUCUCCUUGAAGCAGCCUGGUCCAAGGGACUCUCUCAUUCAGUGCUAUAUCAAACGAAAUCGUAACAGUCAAACAUAUUAUCUUUUUCUCUGUUUAAACCAAGCCUCAACUGAUGACGGUAAGUUCCUUCUUGCUGCACGCAAGUGUCGGCGUGCAACCCACACUGACUAUAUCAUAUCUCUAAACCUUGAUGAUGUAUCAAGAGGGAGUAGCACCUAUGUUGGGAAAUUGAGAUCAAACUUUCUGGGCACCAAAUUUACCGUGUAUGAUGCACACCCUCCAAUUUAUGGAGCCAAAGUUGCAAAGUCUCGUUCCACUAAGCUUGUUAGUCUCAAGCAAGUGUCUCCAAGAGUUCCUGCAGGCAACUAUCCCAUCGUGCAUGUCUCAUAUGAUCUGAAUGUUUUGGGCUCUAGGGGACCUAGGAUAAUGCAAUGUGUUAUGGAUGCCAUCCCUGCCGCAGCUGUUGAACCUGGAGGCGAGGCCCCGACACAGACUCGAUUUCUUCACAGCAGAAAUGAUAGUUCUCCAUCGAUUCCAUUCUUCCGAUCAAAAUCAACCCGUGCAGAGAAUCUCCAAUCGGUAGUACCUUUGACUAGUCAAGAUGAGGGAAUGCUGGUGUUAAGAAACAAGGCUCCUAGGUGGCAUGAACAACUCCAAUGCUGGUGUUUGAACUUCAAUGGACGUGUGACAGUUGCUUCAGUUAAAAAUUUCCAGUUGGUUGCUUCUCCUAAUAACGGAGUUUCUGAGCAGGCCCAAGAAAAUGUUAUUCUGCAGUUUGGAAAAGUUGGAAAGGAUGUAUUUACCAUGGAUUACCAGUAUCCAAUCUCCGCCUUUGAAGCAUUUGCAAUAUGCCUUAGCAGCUUUGACACCAAGAUUGCUUGCGAAUGA